GAUCGAGUUCCAUAAGUCGCAGUCAGCAGGCGCGCGCGGGGUUUGGAUAGAAUCCACUCGAGCAAGCAGCAGAGCAGCUAUAGCGAGGCCCGAACAUCCUUGAAGCUUUGGAGUGUCGGAUCAACAAAGACUGUGACUCGUGACUCUCACCACCGGCACGAAGAUCGACCGACUGAUGCAACAGGGACGACUACCAUUCACCUUCAUUCCUACACUCGGUCCUCGCCUCUCCGCGCCCACACCCGCAGACAUUGUACAGCGAAACGACUAGCUCGGAAGCCGCAUGCCUCACGCACGCUUGCAUCUUGCGACACUCUACCUCGCUUAGUCGAUCAUCAUCAUCAUCACAAACACAAGCUCGCGAUGAGCUCCUCCGACGUGGAUGCGGGACGCUCGAGUGGUCAAAGCCGAUUGCCGCGAGGCCCCAAGCCAACAGCGUUGCCCCGAGCUGGCGAACCAUCGGUCAAGCGCAUACCAAGCACCUCCAACGUUCGGCCCCCUUCCGCCACCCGCGUGCCAUCCUCCACCACAGCUCGUCGAGGUGCGACAUCCGCAAUGGGCAGGGAUGUGCCUGCUCCCAGCUUGCCUCGACAACCUCUGAGCGUCAUCAAUGCCCGACAAGCCAGCGUGGGUCGCAAAGUGAGCGGAAUGUCGCCAAAGGGAAAAGUGGCGGUGAAUGUUGGGCGCAGAGGCGUGACGGGUGGUGGAAGACGUGCAAGCGGCGGCCGCAUGAGCGCGCUGGAGAAUCAAUUCACCACGAUGAAGGACCUGUUUGAGAGGGAAAGACAAAACACGGCAGAGCUGUUGGCUCGCGAACAGGCAGAGAGGGCGCGUCAGGAGGACAAGGUGAAGGCGUUGGAAGCGCAGCAAGCCAAGUUGCCUCAAGGCGUGCGCUCGCUUGCAGCGGAUGGUGUUGGUGCCGAAGAGCUUGAGAAGCUGAAAGCCAAGCAUGCAAAGCAAGUUCGUCAGCUGGAAGAGGCGUUGGAGAGGGAGCAAGAAUCGCUGAGCAGGCACAAGAGAUACUUGAGCGAGCGAGAUGAUGCGCGCGACACGCUGGAGAGCGAGUGCAAGGCGCUGGAGAGCAAGCUGAGCGCAAAGGAUCGACAGUUGCAAUCUCAACAGCAAGACAUUGCUCGUCUGGAAGAAGAAGCGGUCCAAUUGCGCUCAUCCACCGCUCGCAUCGAAGAGGAGCUCAGAGCGGCAGAGACGCUUCGACGCAAGCUGCACAACGAGGUGCAAGAGCUGCGAGGCAAUAUCCGCGUAUUUGCCCGCGUCAGACCUCAGCUGCCCAGAGAGAGAGAGAUGAGCAGCAGCAGCAGCAGCAGCAGCGGUUUGGCCAGCAUCCACUUUCCCGAUCCGCGCGAAGCUGCUUCCAUCGAGCUGUUGGCCGCUGGAGAGAGCGCUGUGGGGACUGCGACCAUGAAGACGCACGCUUUCAGGUUCGACAGGGUUUUCCAACCCAGCGCGACGCAGUCGGACGUGUUUGAAGAGGUGGCGCAUCUGACGCAGAGCGUGCUGGAUGGCUACAAUACCUGCAUCUUUGCCUAUGGUCAGACCGGAUCUGGCAAGACCCAUUCGCUUGAAGGAAGCGCCAAUCUGCACCUGGGCGCCGCGGCUGUUCCAACGCAGGAUCCCGAGGCUGGUCUGAUCCCUAGAGCCGUGCAGAUGUUGUGGUCCACUGCCGAGCAUCUGCGCGCCAAGGGAUGGCGGUACGAGUUCGAAGGCCAGAUGCUCGAAAUUUACAAUGACGAGAUCAACGAUCUCUUGGGCAAGCACGAAUUGUCGGGCAGCAGCAGCGGCAGCAAUCGGAACGAAAUGAAGCACGAGAUCAAGCACGAAAAGAUGCGCACGUUCGUGUCCGAUACCAUCGUCGUUCCUUUAGAGUCGCCGAGUCAAGUCUUUACGCUAUUGGCCAAAGCCAAAAGUCGAAGGCAGACGGCAGCUACGCUGAUGAAUGAACGAUCCUCUCGAUCUCACUGCGUCUUCAUCUUGCGCGUAAAGGGCGCGAAUGCGCUCACGGGCGAGAGCUGCGAUGCUACUCUAUCCCUCGUCGACCUGGCGGGUUCGGAAAGGGUCAAUGCGAGCGGGGCGGACAAGGAUCCGGUACGCUUCACGGAGACGAAGAGCAUCAACAAGUCGCUUUCCAGCUUGAACGAUGUCAUCACGGCGCUCGGCAAUGCAAAGACGGGCGGACACGUACCCUACCGCAACUCUACGCUCACUUGGUUGCUCAAGAAUUCCCUCGGAGGCAAUUCCAAAACGCUCAUGCUGCUCGCCAUCAGCCCCAUGGCGGAGCACCUCAACGAGACGAUCAACUCGCUCAGGUUCGCUUCCAAAGUCAACUCUACCGUCAUUGGAACGGCUAGGCGUGUGCGGGCUAGCGAGUAGAGAGAGAGAGAGAGAGAGAGAGAGAGAGAAAGAGAGAGAGAGAGAGAGAGAAGCAUCGCGGAGUGGCUUCGGCUCGGCUCGGCUCGGCUCGGCUCGGCUCUCUCCAAGAAAGCUAGUUGCGCUGGCGCUGGCGCUCGGGCCCGAUUGCGUCGCUGUCCUUCUAGCUUAUGCUCGAAUCCCAUCGUUGUGAGCCCUCGCAUUCGACCUUCUUGCCCUCAUCUCAGAUCUUCUGGCCGCCCCCCUCCCCCCCGUCGUUCCCACCGCGGGCUUCCUUUCGAACCAUUCUCAGAACCGUUCCCAUCCUGCUGCGCAACGACACUCCCGCAGAUGAUGCUCUUUGCACCGUCUACACACGAAAUCAUCUUGUUAGCGAGCGCGCAACGUCUGCAGUCACGAGUCGAUUGGUGUUGCAUAGCGGGAACGCACGCGCGAAAAAAAAGCGG